CCUCGCCAGCCCUGGGGCAUCCCCUGAAGGAAGUUAGAAACUUCUGUCCCUUUGAGACCCAGACCCACUGCGCAUCCUGCACCAGGUGAGGUGACUUCUCCGUCCUGGCUUGCCCGCCGUCACUUGGGUGCACCGAGGUGGGUGACUCGACGCCCGCUAAGCCAAGACACCGACGGGACGUUUCCCACUUCUCUCCCGGGCUUUGGAGGCUGGUAGACCUCACGGCACCAACCAGAUCCACCUGCGAGCGCCAGGAGCCGCUCCGAGAGGAGCCUGCAUCCCGGCGUCCGCAGGGACUCGGAGGACCGGGCCGCUCGGGCCGGCGCCUGCGUCUCUAUGGUGCGGCCGAGGGGCGGAGCGCCGCCGGCUCGCCCGCCGACUGCGAAGCGAGCAGGGGUACUAAGGAUGAAGACAAGAAUAGCCAGUUGGCCCCUGAUGGCUUUUACUAUAUGCUGACCCAGUUUAUGAUGGCCUCCAAAGUUGAAAAGACUCAUGCUUUACAACAGUGUUUUAGCACAGAGUCUCUCGUUUCCAGCCUCGGUCUGGGGAUCUUUUGCCUAGUAGCUGAUAGACUUCUCCGGUUUUCCGUAAUUCAACAAAAUGAUUGGCUUCGUGCCCUCUCAGAUAACAUAGUACACGGAGUGAUUGGCAUGUGGUCAUGGGCAGUGGUCAUUGGAAUCAAGAAGAAGGCUGACUUUGGAGAAAUUCUUUUAGCUGGAUUUUUAGCCUCUGUUAUUGAUAUUGACCAUUUUUUUCUCGCUCGAUCCCUAUCUUUAAAGGCUGCCUUGACUCUCCCAAGAAGACCUUUCCUCCACUGCUCCACGGUGAUCCCCGUCGCAGUUGUGAGUGUGAAGCUCGCCAUGUACCUCUUCAGGCUCAGAGACUCAUGGUGCUUCCUCCCGUGGAUGCUAUUUAUUUCCUGGACUUCGCAUCAUAUCCGAGAUGGAAUUCGUCACGGCCUGUGGAUAUGCCCAUUUGGAAAAACUUCUCCUUUGCCCUUCUGGCUUUAUGUAAUAACCACGUUAUCCUUACCUCAUAUGUGCUCGUUCCUUAUGUAUUUAACAGGGACCAGACAAAUGAUGUCUUCAAAACAUGGGAUGCGUAUUGAUGUCUGAGAUGACCGCGGCUGUAAGGAAAGGAAUAGCUCAGAGGACGGUCAUGAAAGACAGCCAACGUUCAAGUGAAAUUUUGUUUUUGUGUUUGAGACAGGGUUUCUCUGUGUAACAGUCCAGGCUGUCCUGGAACUCACUUUGUAAACCAGGCUGACC